AUGUCUCCAUUAAUACAUGGUCUUGGGUGGGGGAAAGAACGGGCGAGUUCUCGGUCAAAAGUGCUUAUAACAUGCUCCAACAACAAAAGCGCACCGAAGAGAUGGUUGCAAACUCAGACUUCUGGCGGCAACUAUGGCAAUAAGGUUCCCCCGAAAGUCAAAAACUUUUUGUGGAGAGCCGUUACAGGUACAUUACCAACUUGUGUCCAAGUAGUGAUCAAGCAUGUCGAUAUUUCAGUCACUUACCCUGUUUGUAAUCUACAACUUGAAACCAUCAGCCAUGCCCUCAUCUCUUGCCCGUUUGCAUUUGAUUGCUGGAGCCAAUGUGCAACUCCAGUAGUUUUUGAUCCUGGCGGUUCUUUCGGCAAUUGGUUGGAGACCAUCUUUAAGCAAGCUGAAGCUGAUAUGAUUUGUCUUAUUGCCAUGUAUAGCUGGGCAAUCUGGAAGGCUAGGAACAAGGUUGUUUGGAAAAAGAAACACUCCUCUGUUAAUGACGUGCUUACUUCUGCACAAGUAGCUCUUGAUCACUCGAAUAAAGCUCAGGAUAAAAUUUUGUUAUCAUCAAUUUGUCAGGAAAGCAUCGGUGAUGGCACUGAGUCAUGGACUAGACCCGCUGAAAACACAAUUAAGAUUAAUGUAGAUGCAACACUCUUUGAUAGCGACAAUAAGUAUGGUUUCAGAAUUGUUGCCCGAAACCAUCUUGGUCACCUUGUUGCAGCAUGGGCGAGUUGCCAUGGCGGAAGAUAUGCAGCUGAAGUCAUUGAAGCCAUGGUGAUUAAAGAAGCUCUCAGUUGGGUGAAGACCAAUAAUUGGCAACAUGUUCAAAUUGAGACGGACAGUCUUGUUUCAGUACAAGCUAUGAGAAGCAACUAA